AUGUCCUCCGUUCCUGUUGACGAGAAGGCCUUGAAGGUCAACACCAUUGACCUGCCUUCGAACUUCCUAACACCCACGACGACCUCCAACGAGAAGGGCUCCACGGCACCAAGCAUAGAGUUACAGCGAACCUCGACGGUAUCGUCGCCUUCGUCGGCCACCCGUCUCGACCCAUUCGAUAACGAUAUCGAGGCGAUGAUGCCGACGUCCUGCGAGAACUUGAACUCCAAGUCGCCUUCGUGCCCUAGCAGAAGCAACAAGGAUUGCACCGUAUGGCCUGGACAGGAUCACUGGAAGAAGAAGGCGAAAGCUGCGAAGUUGAAGAACAGAUCCUGCCAAUGCAUGGCACGCCUUAACAAGCGAAACCGAAUCAUGGCCAAGAUUCUGAUCGCCUUCCUCAUCAUUGGUGCUGCCGUCGGCGUCGGUCUUGGUAUCAGCAAAUCAGUGGGAGCCGGCAUUUGGAAGCCUAAGGAACAGUGA